AUGACCGGACUUUCUCUUGCCACUACUACGCGAGAGACCAUUUAUGAGCUUGGAUAUAAAAUUUGUAGCUCUGCUUUGAUCGAUUGCCCUGAUUCCAUAAACAGAGAUAAAGUAAAUGAACUUUUUCAGUCCCUUGCGUGGCAGCUAGUUCUAGACGCGAGGGUCGAGGACGAGGAGAAGCAGACGAAUGUGGUUGACCCCCGCCACCUUCCCGUGAAUGGAAUGAAUCCGUCAUAUCGAGCAUGGACAUGUGCCACAGACUCGUCCGUGGGAUUAGAUAAUCCCAGUCUUCCCAUAGUCCACGUAUAUAAGUGGUUUCCCGGAGAGUUGAGAACGCCUGUUUACGGCUUCCUUGAAUGUGGUACCAAACAGCUCAUCGCGCUUGCGUGUGGAACUCUUCGAGAUCGAUUCCGAAUCCACAAGCCUUUGAGCACAAUACACACCGGUCUCCAUAUCCAUUUCAAACAAGAGGCCCAUUGGACACUGCGUCAUCUUAAGAGAUGCCGGACUUGGUUGUCCCGUGCUACUGCCGCAAGCUUCCGCCUCUCGGGCGGCUACACCACCAAGGGGCCCAGCGAAUGGGUCUCGCAGACGCUAGAAUUCAGCCUGGUGCAAGGCACGCUGGAUGCGGACCAUGCAUGGUGA